UUUAUUGAUUUCAUUUGUUUUUCGGUUUGAUUGGAUUUUUCCGUUUUGUAUGAAAACCCUAGAGACAUAAGCUUCAAUUGCUUACUCAUAAAUUAUUCAUUGGAUAUUGACAGUUUUGUUUUUUCACCAAUGAUUGAAAGUUAAAUAAGUUAAAAAUUUCCUCCAUCUCGGGAACUGCUAAUGGCGUCUACUGCUAAUUCUCAGUCGGUGUUCAAUGUGUUCGUGUAUGGCAGCCUAUUAGCUGACGACGUCGUUCAUGCACUCCUCAAACGCGUCCCUCCCUCUAAUCCUGCUAUUCUCCACAACUACCACAGGUUUAGCAUUAAAGGGCGUGUUUAUCCUGCCAUUCUACCCGUAGAAAACAAGAAAGUUACUGGGAAGGAUAGUUCCAAGACAUUGCAGGCUGAAACAUAUGUUUGGGUUGACAAGAAAGAUCCAAAUUUAUUUGGGGAAUGGGACUUUGAGGUAAACGUGAGAUCUUAUAUAUCUGUGCCUCUCUUAAUUGCUUGUUGGACAAAGAUACGAAGAUUCCAAGAGGAAUAUACUUUUUUCUCCAGUCCUAUCCUCCUCUCUUUUCAUUUUGAUUGGACUGUGCAUCUAGAAAAUGUAUCAUGUUGCAAGGGUUAUAUCUAUUUUUUGGUAGCCUGAUUUAAGCCCAACACAGGUCGUGGGAUUUGGUCGAAGAUUUAGAAGCAUAUAACCAACAUGUCUCCGCCUAUCCUAGACUAGGAACCUAACAUGUCUCUGCAUUUGCGUACAGUAGGAUAGUCUGAGCUCUAGAACGACAAUUGUUCUACUCAGUAACGGUAAGACUAGUGAAGCUCUGGUUCAUGCAUCAAACCGAAAAGGAAUCAACAUGAAGGAAACUUAGGGAAAAGAUGCUAGAGCUCUAUUCAGAUGACAGUUUUGAGCAAACUUGUGUUUUUAUUACUUUGGGUAUUUAUAAAAUCUGAAGAAUCUUGAGACAUUUAAAGGUUGAAUAUCAAGUCGUUGAGAAGUUUCUCCAUUAAACUCCAUAGACAUUGGAAGUCGAUUGGUAAAGUUUGUUUUCCAGCUUAAAUCGAUAUUUGUUCUUCACAUUUAACAAUUAACUCCAUCUUUUGUACUUUAAUAGAGAUAGAAUCUGUAAUAUCCUUGAUGUGUAGUCUUUGUUAUGCUUCUUUAUAUCUGCACCCAAUAUUCUAGAAAAGCAAGUUUACUUUAUCCUUACUGGAUAAACAACAAUGCUCUAGCAUUACUCAUGUUUUCAUUGUGCUGCUUUCUGCUUUCAUUUGUGCAUUGUGCUAGAGUUUCAACAUCUUUUGUUCCAAGAAGGCUUGA